AUGAUGGGAUACUUGGAGAGGGACAACCAUACACCCCCCUCCGACGACGAGGUAAGCCUCAGUGGUGAUGAAUUUGGCAUACCAGAAGAUCCAGUGGAACAAGUUCGCUUCAAGCAAUGGCUCAUGGCCACGACAAGGAGCUUGCAAAGGAAGCAAGAGCAGCUUAAAGCUAACCAAGACUUGCUAACGGAUAGGUGGGCCAAGGUACUGGCCACCGAAAAGUCAAGUCGCCUCCCACCUCUCCUUGAUGCCCACGCCCCAGCGCAACCACCCCCAAUCCCCACCCCCACGACUACAGCGCUCUACCGCGGCGCAUGCGCUGGAUCCCGAGCGGCCGCCCCCCUCCUGGCGCCCAACCCCCUCCUCCACCUUCUUCCAGCUCCGCCGGAGUCCCGCCCCACCCCCGCCUCCUUCUUCCUGCUGCGACCCCGCGCCGCCACUUCACAUGCUGCGUCGUGCGAGGCAAGCAAGGCGUCCCCCGUGCCCACCUCCCUCUCGCCGGAGAACACCUUCCCGCCGCCCACCUUCCUCUUCCUCCCCCACCAACCACCCAUGCCUCUCGGCCACCCUCCACCUCCUGUCCUUCCCCUACCCAGCGAUGAAUCUAUCGGGCCGUGGCAGAUCCGGCGGGAUGCUCCUCCACCUCCUUCCUCCCACCCCCGUCCGACCACCUACCACGGCUGCGACCGCCUGAGCCGGCAGGAUCCUCCUCCCGUGCCUGACCGGCGACGCGCGCGAGGUGAGUCGCCCCUCACCCCUCACCCCGGUGCCCCACCCCCUCCCGGCUCUGGCGUGCCCCGGUGGUCUGCCUCGUGCUCCUUUCCGGAUCCGUCUUCCGUCUCGCCCGUGGGCACCGGGGCCGCCGCGUCGACCAUGGGGAGAAAAAACGACUGCGCCCCAAUCCCUUUCUCAUCGAGCUGCAUCUCCCCCUGGAGGCCAUGGCUGUCGCGACACCAUGUCCUCGUCCAGAUCGGGGCCAUGGCUGCCUCCCCCAAGCUCCUCCUUCCCUCGCCGGCGAUGAGAGUUCUGUGCAGCUCAUCGCCAGCGGCAGCGUGCGGUUUUGAUUCGAGGAGCGUGCAGCUCAGUUCCGCAUCAGGGAUCCACGCCCAUGUGCCUCCAGCCGUGCAUCUCGUCGGCAGGAUUUUUUGCUUGAGAGGAGAACUACGGGCAGUGAUUCUUGCAACUCUGUUCGCAUUUUUUUGCUCGGGAAUGAACAAGAUGCGCAGCUGACUGUACAUAAUUGUGCAGCUCGCUGGACCCUAUUGGGAGUUCUAAAAAAAGUGCAGCCCCUUAGUGGUUCACCUUGUAGAAAAAGAGAAAAAAAAAUCCCCACGGGAGGUUCACUUCUUUAUUGAAUGCAAUUUGUUUUGUUUUUGAGAUGAUUGGAAAAAGUAGAUCACUCCAAUUUGUGUAGCAGCUCGUUACCCCUAUGUAUCAAGUGCAAUUUGUUUCGUGUGUUCAGUCGAUUACAUCAA